ACGAUUCAGUAACGGUGUUUUGAAAACCAUGAAUUUCCCUUGACUACCGGACAUCCAUCCAUCCAUUCAAUUUACAAAGAAAACUAACCCCAUGGAAGCGCCCAGAGUAGCAUACGAGCUGAAAUUGGAAAAAUAACUUUUAAAAUAAAAUCCGUAAAAUAAAAUAAAUAUUUAUAAAUAAUAAUAAUCAAAAAAAAUAGAAGGAAAAAAGAAACCUCGAGGAGCGAUCAAUCGAUCGGUAAUGGCUUCCAACGCCUUAUCACGUCUAGCCAACCUUCAUCGUCAUUUCCACAUUACAAGAUCAAGCACUAAAGGUGGGCAUGACAAUGCAAAUGUGGGAACCAUAAAGAUAUCUCAAGAUGUUUCAACAGCAUUAGCAAAUGGGAAAGCAGUUGUUGCUCUUGAAUCAACUAUUAUAUCUCAUGGAAUGCCGUAUCCUCAAAAUAUGGAGACUGCGAAAGAGGUCGAGGCUAUUGUCAGGGAUAAUGGUGCUGUUCCUGCUACUAUUGCUAUUUUAGAUGGCAUUCCAUGCAUUGGUCUUAGCACUGAUGAACUGGAGAGGUUAGCUAAGCUGGGAACCCAAGCUCGGAAGAUAUCUCGAAGGGACAUUGCACAUGUUGUGGCUACUAGAGGUAGCGGUGGGACUACCGUGUCUGCAACCAUGUUCUUUGCUUCAAUGGUUGGCAUAUCUAUAUUUGUGACGGGGGGUAUCGGAGGAGUUCACAAGCAUGGAGAAAGCACAUUGGAUAUAUCAUCUGAUCUUACCGAGCUUGGAAGAAAUGCUAUGACUGUAGUAUCAGCAGGCGUAAAGUCCAUAUUAGAUAUUCCCAAAACUCUUGAGUAUUUGGAAACUCAAGGAGUUUCUGUUGUUUCUUAUCAAACUGAUGACUUUCCAGCUUUUUUUACUGAAAAAAGUGGCUGCAAGGCACCUUGCCAACUAGAUUCACCCGAAGACUGUGCUCGUAUGAUUGAGGUCAACAGGAAACUUGAUCUUAAGACGGGCAUCUUGAUAGCAAUUCCUAUACCAAAAGAACAUUCUGUUUCUGGUAACAUUAUAGAGUCUGCUAUUCAAACGGCACUCAGAGAAGCUGCUGAUAAGGGCAUAACAGGUAGUGCUGAAACUCCUUACUUACUUUCCAGAGUGAAUGAACUAACAGGAGGAGCUUCACUCGAAUCAAACAUUGCACUUGUGAAGAACAAUGCCGUUCUUGGUUCCCAGAUUGCUGUUGCCCUUGCUCAGUUGCAAGACCAUGGUCAUUCAUAAAGGAUUUGGAUCUUCAGCGAACAACUAUUGAGACUCUUAUAUUUCUUUACCUUGAUAACUUUUCUACCAGUGUACCGAAAAAGUAGGAUUGUUAUAUAAAUAAUUCAAAUGAACUUAGCAACUUUUUUUAGAAGGCAUUGUUAAGAAUGAAAUGAUAUAAUAAGAUGUGGAUAUUUUGGUCGAUCA